AAAUGACAGUCACGGCUCUGCCCUAGGACAAGAUGGCUGCUGCGGCAUCUCGUGCUCCGUAGAAAGGGUAGGGAAGUGAAGAAAUAACUUUUGUUGAUCGGCGGGAGUUUGUUUUGGGCAGCAUGAAUAGCGUUGGCGAGGAAUGCACGGAUAUGAAGCGGGAGUAUGACCAGUGCUUCAAUCGGUGGUUCGCGGAGAAGUUUUUAAAGGGAGAAGGUAGCGGCGAUCCGUGCACGGAACUCUUCAGACGGUAUAGAGAAUGUGUUCAGAAAGCCAUUAAAGACAAGGACAUCCCGGUGGACGGCGUGGACUUUAUGGGCCCUAGUAAAUCGAAAACAGAAGCCGACGGCUCCUCCUGACCCAACGCUGGCCCCUUAACGUCAUAUCCGCUGCACGCCCGGAAACGGGAAUUACUUUUAUAUUAAAUUAUGUGGACGUUUUUGGGCGUUAAGGUUGAGCACAUGGUAGCAAAGGUUAAAGUGAUUUACAAGGGUCAGGAGGCGUGGUCUGUGAGGGGGUCUGCUGCUAAAUGUUGAGGAGCAGAUGGAGUGGGGUGUCUGGCCCGAAAUAUCUCAGUUCUAUGCCCCUCUCCUGCACAGAAACAUCCUUCUGCGAUUAUACUAUCUCACUCUUCGUUUUACAAUUCCUGUCAGUUAUGUUCAGUCAUCAAAUGAUUUCAUUUGAAUUUGUUCUUGGAAUAAUAUGUCUCCAUCAGAGACCAGACUACUGUAUAUCAUGGAGCAUGCUUCUAAUAAACCUGCCGCAGUAGCAUUCUUUAUAAAGUUGCUGUCCCCAGCUUUCUGCUGCUAAUGUGUAAUAUGCUAGAAUGGCAUUCAUCAGAUCAGUGCUUCUUACUGCAGUGAUGUAUAUUGAAUGUUAGAAUGACACUGUGGGGUAAUGUAGUUACAUUGGUGCCAAAUUGCACCAGAGCAGUUACGUGUAGCAAUCAGAUUAUCACUGGUUUUUAGCUUGGGUUAAACUGAUUUACCAAAACAAACUGGAUUUUAUUCAAAUAUUUGUCACACUUCCUAUACAUAAUCUAUAUUUUGUGAAAACGAGAUUAAGGUUAUUAAAAUCUAUAAACCCCCACAUA